AUCGUUUGUAAUUAGUACUUACGGCCCCAAUUAGCUCGCGUUGCGAAAUUUUCUCUUACUUUUUCAAGCAUACAUCUAAAUGAAUUUAAUCAAUCUAACUAUUCAAAUCCUACAAUUGACUCAAAACAUCUUACUGUUCACGCCAGCAUUCACUGUGAAGUCAUUCGCGGCAAUUAAGUAGCAAUUAAGCAUUGUGUACAAAAACUGGUCCCAGUGCAGCUUGUGGUGCCUAAAUGUUUAGUGGACGGAGGACAUAGACCUUAUACCUUACUGAUAUAUUUGAAGUGAUAACUGAAAAAUUUCUAAUAACUCCGACCCUGUCGUAAACAAUUAAUUUACUCAAACAAGAUACUAUGGAAACCGCUAUAGCUAGCAACUAUCCACCCUAUUUGGACAAAGAUUUCUUUACAAUAUGUUUGCGUGAAGGGUUAAACAACCCAAAUAUUGAAAUAGAAAAUUUCAAAAUCACUAUGGGAACUAAUCCAGGCGAUAACUACACUAGUUUUAUGUAUCGCAUCUACUUUAAAUACAAGGGUACCGGAAAUGGAAGCAAAGACUUGCAACUAAUGGUAAAAAGUAUGCCGACUGAUGGAGAUCGCGCCUUUCUUGCCGAAAUCAACCUUCACAGGAAAGAAAAAUCCGCUUAUUUUGACCUCCUGCCUCAAGUACAUCAACUUUUGAGACAUUGCUGGAUAGCACCAAGGUGUUACUAUGCAGUGGAAACUCCCGUUCAAACAAUAGUAUUCCAAGAUCUAAAGGCUGAAGGAUAUUCGCUGGCCGACCGGGUACAAGGUCUGAAUGAGAUCCAUUGCAAAAUAGUUCUGAACAAGCUCGCGAAGUUUCAUGCUGCUUCAAUGCAUGUCCUACAAAAGACUCCGAAUCUUCAAGAGAAGUUCAAAGAAGGCUUUUGCUGUAGAGCCUCCGUUAAUACAGAAGUAUUUCAAAUCUACUUCCGGAAGAACAUAAAGAAAGCUGCUGAAAUGGUCGCCGAAAUGCCUGGAUUUGAACAUUUCGGGCCGCAACUGAUGGUACUAUUUAAUAAUUUUUCCGCCGUAGUGUUGUCAAGUAUAGCAUUGUGUGUUGAAGAUACUAGGACAGUUAACCACGGUGAUGUGUGGGUUAAUAACAUCAUGUUCCGAUAUGAUAAUGGAGCACCAAAUGACGCUCUUUUUGUUGACUUUCAAGGAAGCUUUGUGAACAGUCCGGCAUUGGAUUUAAAUUAUUUUUUCGUCACAAGCGCUAAAUUGCCUAUUUUGAAGCGAAAGGAGGAAUUUAUCGAAAAGUACUACUUCCCGGUCUUUGAAGAUACUCUAAAAAGAAUAGGGUUUAAGCCAUUGCCAACUCUAGAGCAAAUCCUUGGUGAGAUGCGUCGACAUGAGCUAUUCAGCUUAAUCAAUCUUUUCGGGGUAUUUCCUUUGAUCUCUUUGGAGUGGGAAGAAUCAAAAUCCAAUUCCCACGCUCAAUUCGUAGAUGAAUCGAUAGCGAACGUAAAAAGAAACGUUGGAAUGUCCAGCGAAAGAUUUAUUGAAACUAUGCAAUAUGCUCUAAAAUAUUAUGAAAAAUUGAAUGUGUUUGAAAAUGCAAUGAGGGCAAUAAAAUGAACUUUAUAUCUU